AUGCGAUGGCAACCUGUCCUUCAAGCACUGACGAAAACGCGAGUAGACGGCAGGUACCGAUGGCCUUUUUGCAGGGACGCUGCUUCAACCACGUACGGCGCGAGUGGAUCCACACCAGACACCGCCGGUUCAGCGGUGGUGGUGACCAAGCUAGACUUUACGUAUGACGGCAUGGACAAGCCGGUGCUGAAGCAGUUCGACCUUAACCUGCCUACAGGAAGCAGGUGUCUUCUGAUCGGACAAAACGGCGCGGGCAAGAGCACGCUCCUGCGCUUGCUGGCGGGGAGGCAUAUCACCAAGCCCGACGACGCGGUGAUUGUACUUGACAAGCACGCGUUCCGGGAUACUACCCUCAACAAGCACAGGUCCUUCUUGUCCAUGGACUGGGGCAUGCGCACCAUCUCCUUCGCGGGACAUGGGGUUCCCCUCCAAGCGGACAUUGCCGUAGGUGACAUGAUGAAGAAGGACCAGGAGCGGUACCCGGAGCGGAGAGAGGAGUUGCUCAACAUGCUCGGCGUCGACCCGAACUGGAGAAUGCACCAGGCAAGCAAGACACAUGAGGCUUGCGUGAUUUUACAUGUUGACACGUUCAUGUGCUGCCGUUCUGUGUGCGUUUCUGACGGACAGAGGAGGAGGGUCCAGCUCCUGCUCGGCCUGGUGAAGCCGUUCAAGCUCCUCUUGCUUGAUGAGGUCACCACAAGCUUAGAUGUCGUGGUUCGACAAGACCUGCUGCACUGGCUCCACAAGGAGAGCGUGGGGCGGGGUGCCACCAUCAUCUACGCCACCCACAUCUUCGACGGGCUGGACGAGUGGCCGACCCACCUCACUUACCUCACCAGGGACGGAAGCACGGGCUGGCAGGGACGGCUGGAAGACCUGGAGCUCAACCGACAAAUGAAGGAGAGGGGCGAAACUUGCACCCUCCUGAAGGUUGCAGUUCACUGGCUGAGGGGGGAGCAGGAAGAAUACAGAAGGGAAACCUUGGAGAGCAGGCGGCAGGUGGAAGAGUCCGGGGGGUCUGACGCCAUCCGCAACCGAAACCCCAACCUCAAAGCAUGGGGAGGGUACGCACCGGGACGGAUGGCCCAUCAGGGUAUCUGAGCAUUUUUGAGGCACCACCUCCCAGCCGCUGG